UUCCUGGUGGCUCCCCGCCCACCGCUGCUCUCUGCUGCCUGCUUCGCUGACUGACUGCUGGGCGGACUGGGGCAGAUCCGUGCCGACCAGUUCCAUGUUCUCUCUUUAAUACUCAUGGCAGACUGAUCGGGAGGACCGGGCGGUGUCAUGGUGGACAUUCCUGCCCUGCCGCGGCAUCCGUAACUCCGCGAAGUGUGGACGGAGCUAAACUUUGACGCUACUGGCUGGACCUCAUCCCCCCUCCCCUCUAUACCCAACCGUUUGGGCAAAGUGCGUCGUCAUGUGCGCGCACAUGCGGGAUUAAGGUUGAAUUUUUAUGUCAAACGGAAGUUCAAAUAAUUGUUGUCCUUCCAGAAGAUUAGAAACAAGAGAUGAAUCAGCAUUGUGACAAUAAUCUGACUGGGAUAAAGGCCUCUUUAUAAUUCACCUUUGACCUCUCUUGGAUUUAAAAUGGCACUUUGGCUGGGACACACAAGGAAUCAGAGCUGUCUAUCUAUGCUCCAAGAUUCCUGAAAACAUCUUUGUCUAAACAGACAUUCCAAAAACUGAAGAUAGUUUCCUGUUUUUUUUUUUGUUUUUUGUUUUUGCCCAAUGGCACUAAAGUGGUUCAUCGAAGAUGGAAUAGCACAUUUCCUGAAGAACGGAUUAUAAAUUCUAUCCAAGAAUGGAGCAGGACUUCACACAGUAGGAUCUAGCAUUGCACAAGUCCUCUACCCUGGACUCGCUAGACAGUGCUGGUGAAUACUCAUCAGAAUAGCUCAGCAGAACUAAAUAAAUAAGAAGUCUCUAAAGCAUAAAUUUACCAUUCCUCAUUGCUUUAAAUGGACGUCUGAUUCUCCUUAAGCUCAGGGGAGUCGCUUCCCUUCAGCUUUGUCUCCUGAACCGCAGCAUCAAACAGACUUGUUGAAAAACUCCAAAUAUGGCUGCAACAGGAAGGAAACACCUGGUGAGGGAUUUCAACCAUUUCAUCACCUGUUACCUUUGUCGAGGUUACCUGAUCAAACCAACGACAGUCACCGAGUGCCUGCACACAUUCUGUAAAAGCUGUAUUGUGCAGCACUUUGAGGAGAGCAAUGACUGUCCUAAGUGUGGCAUUCAGGUCCAUGAGACCAACCCAUUGGAGAUGCUCAGGUUGGACAACACUCUGGAGGAGAUCAUCUUCAAGCUAGUUCCUGGACUCAGAGAAAAUGAAGAAAAGCAGGAAGUGGAAUUCUGGAAGAAGAACCAGCCCAAAGAAAAUGGCCAAGAAAACCCCAGGCGUCAGCGACUUGGUCUACCCGAUGGAGGUGGUGUCGAUGGUGGUGCCGGCGGCGGUGAUGAUGGUGACGGCGGGGGAGAUGAUGACUAUCACAGAAGUGACCCUCAGAUAGCCAUUUGUCUGGACUGCCUCCGCAACACAGGACAGUCUGGAGAAAACACUGUCACGGAUCUGAUGAAGAGGUUCAUCCGCUGCUCCAGUAGAGUCACAGUGGGAACUAUUAAGAAGUUUCUCAGUCUUAAACUGAAGCUGCCGAGCUCUUAUGAGCUGGAUGUACUUUGCAAUGGAGAAAUUAUGGGCAGAGAUCACACCCUGGAGUUCAUCUACAUGACACGAUGGAGGCUACGUGGAGAGAACACGUAUCCCAUGGUUCUUGAGUACCGACCCCGGAUCGACUUUGGCUGAACUACAGCUGCAAGAAAUGGAACUCCAGACCCAAAUUUAUGCACUUGUGCAUUCAUCCAAAACCUCGAGAACUUCAUACCUGCAUCAUGAACACACACAAACAUGCGCAGCAACACGCACACUCAGAAUGUGCAGAGAAAGAUUUAGAUGUAUUUUUGUACAGCCAAUGAUGAAGUGCAUUUGUUAUGUUCAAAAUCUUUUAUGCUACAUAGAAUAAUAUAUGCUACAAGAUAUGAUAUUUUUAAAUGUAUGUUCCUGUGCCUAAAAACCUGUUGAGAUCAAAAAUGAAGUACGACUAUUUCUCCAGUUUGCCUGUCCAACUAACUGUAGAUUAAAUGUUGAUUUUCUACUGUG